UGAUGGAAACAUAGAUAAUGAUCUGAGCGCAACUACUACACACAGAAUUACGUAAACACUGCAAUUGCAGAGAUAAGGUAAAAGUUCUUCGCAGUCGACUAUAGUCGACACUCGGGUGUGCGUGUUCAAUUGUGGCCGUCGACUAUAGCCGACACACGUACAGAGGUGGUUAAAAAUAAAUUUAAUAAACAAAUAAUGUUUGUAAAUUGAUCUGAUGGACUGGACUAAUGACGAUAUCUUUGAGGUGGCUAACACGUUGAGUGCCACCAUACAACAAAAAAAAUGGGGUACUGGAAAUUGCUGAAAAUGCUGCACUUCAACAAUAAUGAGGAUCUGACAGAAAAUAGGUUACAUAAGCUUUCACCAUUAAUAAAAAAACUUCGGGAAUCAUUUCAGCAACAUAUUAUUCCAUCUGAAUAUGUCUGUAUCGAUGAAACACUUGUACCCUUUCGCGGAAGGCUAAAGUUUCGCCAGUAUAUUGCAAAUAAAAGACACACGUUUGGAAUUAAACUAUUCAAGCUGUGCUUGGAAUACGGGUAUCCCUAUGAUUUCAAGGUAUACUGUGGAAAAUCGAAGGAUGAAAACAUGAGUGUACCAUCUAAAGUUGUCAUGGACCUUAUGGAAAAACUACUUGAUCAGGGUCGUACACUUUGAACAGAUAACUAUUAUACGUCUGUU